AGAGAGCGAGAGAGAGAGAGAGAGAGAGAGAGAGAGAGUGAGUGAGUGAGUGUGUGUGUGUGUGAGAGAGACAGUUAGACAGUAAGGAAUACAACUCCGCUGCAUAUCUGUCUUUUUUCUUCUAACAGUUCGGUUCAGAUUUAAGAUGAAUAGAAUCAGAAGCUUUUUACUAAAAUCAGCUGCUGUUAAUGCUACAGCUGCUGCACAGCCUCGUGUGUAUAUUUCCUCUGGCCAUCAACAGCAACACCAAACUUUCUAUGAGCUCCGCACCUAUUGCCUGCACCCUCACCAGACCGCUUCCUUCCUUAAAUUGACCAAUGAGAAAAUCCACCUGCGCACCGCACACUCACAGCUGAUUGGCUACUGGAGUGUUGAGUAUGGCGGCCUUAACCAGGUCUUUCAUAUAUGGAAGUACGAUAGUUAUGCUCAGAGGGCAGCUGUGCGAGCAGCAUUGGCACAGGAUGCCACAUGGAACUCAGAGUACCUCUCCAAGGCUUCACAGAUGAUGAUGAACCAGGACAAUGAGGUCACCUACCUGGUUCCAUGGAGCAAUUUAAAGAAUGCCCCACAGGAGGGAGGUGUCUAUGAGCUGGUGACCUAUCAGAUGCAUCCCGGCGGUCCAGCAGUUUGGGGUAAAGCCUUCCAGGCGGCCCUGACCGCUCGUGAUGCACCAGGGUACGGGAAUCUACUGGGCGCCUUUCACAGCGAAGUUGGCCUCCUUAACAGAGUUCACGCCCUCUGGUGGUAUGCAAGCGCUGACCAGCGUGCUGAGCUUCGUCACAAAUCUCACACUGACGCCCGAAUCGUUGCUGCAGUCAGAGAAGGCGUGGCCCAUCUGGAAUCCCAGAACAACAAACUACUGUUUGCCUGUCCUUUCUCUCCUAUGAAGUGACUGAUUCUCUCUUUAAACCACAAAACCAGAGAUGGAGCCUAAUGACUGUAAAAUAAAAUAAUAAUAAAUAUUACUCCAGUGAAUGCAUGUAUACAUGUGUCUAUGCUGUCUGUGUCUACCAAUAAACAAAAUACUCAGAUGACA